CUGGCUGUUCUUGCUAUAUAAGGGCCCUCCUGUGCAGAGAUUGACAGGAGGAGGUAGAGAAGGAGAGCUUGGAUUCCUGCUGAAACUCCUCAGAGAGAUCCAGGAAGGAAGAUGCUUAAGAUUUGGGGGCUUGUUCUCUUCUAUGGACUGCUCACACAGAGCUCAGCCUACCCAAAAAGACACAAGCCAAUCCUGGCUCAUCCACAUGCAAAAGUACCUGUUCAAGCAGAAGCAUCAGCACGGGCAAACUUACUCUUAAAAACAGCUACCAGUUUACACAGUCAACUGUUGAACACAAAUACUCCCAGAAAUCUUAAGAAACUCUCCUUCAUGAAGGCUGUGCAUGCUAUUCAAGGUGGAUUGCUUGGAAAUUUGCAUGCAGGAAUGGAUGGCAAGUUUUUUGACCUGGAGUUAUCUUCGAUUAAAGUUAUAAAGGCUCAGAUCUUUGAUAUCAAUAUUACACAAAGUGAAGACAGACAUCAGCUAUUAGCAACAUUCCCUACAACCUUGGAUAUGGAAGCAAAUAUAAAGUUUCUUGGAAAUAUUGGCUUCGUAAUAGAAGUGAACAACAAAUUUCAGAUUGGAACAGAAAUGGAUGAAAAUGAAGAUGGUUACCUGGUCAUUCAGAAUUGUAACACUGACUUUGUCAGUUUACAAGUCAAAACUCAUAGUAGGAUACUCAAUUCUAUCUUGGAUGUAUUUAGAAGCGUUCUGAAUGCUGUGGUCCCCGAGCUGGUAGAGGAAGCACUCUGCUCGGCAGUCAGCACGUGCUUACCGAAGUUAGGUGUUAAACUGAAAACGGCUCUUGUGGAUGCAUUAAUAUGUGGAUAUGAUCUUAAUGCUAAUUAAUGAACCUUCCAGAAAGCAGACCAACUUUAUUCCAAACAGGACUUCAAGGUCAGAGACAAAUUGCUGUAUUUGGUGUCAGAAGAGAUGAAAUGUUUUGCAUCUUCCAGGGUCCAUCAAGUUCUUUUCCCUUGGAUUUGGAGCCAUUUUCCUUGCAUGAAUAUUCCCUCUGGGAAAUGUGUUUCUUCCCCCUGAUUUCUCUUAUAAUAAAUUUCCACUGUCUAAGCA